AUGGGUAAAUUCACAGAUAAUCCAAAACAAUAUUUACAACUUCUCAAUACCGAUAAAUAUGAACAUAUAUAUGAUCCGAACACUGAAUUUAUUAGUGUUAGAAAUAUUCGAAAAGAUAAAAUUGUAGGGGUAUUUGAUUAUAAUGAAUUGCGAGUGCAAAUCACAUCACGUUAUGACGAGCCUCAGGGGAGCGAUGUCAUGUGUUUUAUUUCGAGAAAUCCGCGAAUCAGAGAUCAGCGUAGAA